AUGGCUACUGAUGAUCCUGAGGAUGCGUACGCGCAGUUUAUGUUCUCUGAGCACCAAACGGCAACUACACUGCCGGAUUCUGCGACAUCCGGGACCCCGACGCCUGCGCCCGCAAGCAAUAGCAAGUACGAAUACGAUAUAAGGGAUAAUGAAAAGAGUCGUAUCCUGCGACUGAUCGUCCGCCUCCUGUUGCACCGAGCGCCAUUUGUGACUCGUUACGAUGAGAUUCGCGCUGUUGUUAAGACGUAUCUGCACGACCAUGCUAACCAUGCCAUCGUCAACUGUUUUAUUGGUGAGUAUGACGCCUCGCUUCAGUUUCAAUACGGUGCAGAGGACGCCAAGAAACUGGUCAGCAAAACUCUAGGGCUGAUUCUCUGCGACAUAAAACUUCAAGGAGCGAGGCGCGAAUUCUUCUUGAAGCAGUCGCUGGCCUUUCAGCCGCAUGACCUGAAACUGCUCGGCGAUGGCGACCAUGAGUUGCGCGGUUUUCUGCUUUUGUUGUUGCCGUGUUUCAAGGCCUACACGACUGGGAUUCCGCUGGGUAUGUUCACCCGAGUUGGGAAAGCGGACAUGGUGCCCCGGGAUCAGGCAUCUGAGGAGGCCCUGAAGGCGGCCCUCCGCGGAACACGCCGAAAGAGGGCGGUGAAAUAUUCGGCAUCCGAAUUCAGUAACAUUGCCGACUACCUGCUGUACGCGAGAGAGCUGGGCUACCUGAGCCUGGUUACUGACCCAAAAAAGGGCGACACAUUGGCGGUGAUAACGGUUAUGCCUGGAUAUAGGCUCCUCUUCGAACUGGACCAGGAAUCGUACGUCAAACAGUUGAGCACCCUGGAGCUCGACGAAGGCCUGAAGCGUACCCUGGAAGCUUUCUUUGAUCGUUGA